ACAUUCUUGUGAAGAAGUUUCAAAGAAAAUAAUGGAGAGACGUCCCGGAAGCUUCGAGCUUCUCGCGGUCAAUUUUCGAUAUAAAGUCUAUUGUGAUAUCACAGUAAGUCUUGAAGGAUGGACCCUUAUCGCUCGAUUCUCAAACAGCGAUGGCAAGAAUUGGAUGCGUGACGAUGGUAGAUGGUGGUAUGACCAGCAAGCUGCCGAUGGAACAACAAAUGAUCCAUCAGUAAACGCUGAUAUGAUCUCACCAGCAUUUUGGUUGGUCAGAGGAAGCGAAUUUAAGAUCACGCGCAGUGACGACCCCAGCCACACCCCUCUGUUACAGACCACAGGUAACUGUUUGGCUGGACAAACAUUCCGAUCUAAAAUCACCAGUUAUGGCGACUUUAGAAAUGGCAAGGCCUGGGCCAGUGAUCGGUGUCUGGGAAGUUGUACGGUUCAAUACGGCGGACAGUACAAGUCAACAGACGGGUUUCAACAGGCUGAUUGCAGUGGAAGCAUCCAAAGCGAUGACAAGAUCGGCUUCUGGUGUGACUGGGAUAUUGGGGAUGGAGCAGUCAUGAUGAUUGGUGGAGGAGGAAGUAGCUGUGCACGUGCUGAUCAUGGGAUUGGGAUCACAGAAACUGGCGCAGCUUCUUUCGUUGAAGUAGGUCGUAGUGAAACUGAAUAUGACUUUGGUUAUGAUGCUGAAACGAAAACCGCUCCAUCCCUGUCCUACUCGUUGAACUUAUGGAUCCGUUAAAAGUUAUAAGAAUUAUACGUUAAAAAUUAUAAUGUAAUACUUUUGUGAUCAGUAAUGGAGUUAACAAGCCCUAAACCAAAUUACAAACUCUGAGUCCACUGACUGGUAGGUCGGAGAGUAUGAAGGCUCGGAUAUACAUUUUUUGAACCUAAGAUAUUGCAUUUCUUUCCCUUUAUGGCUUCACUCCACCAAUUAGAAUCUCCUAAAUGAAGUGAGGUUCAGACAUAAGUUUAACGAGAAAGAGCGGGUGAAGUCAGAAGAGGCGUGCUUUCGAUUCGAUUUUUGUUUCAAAGACGAGUACAUUUAAAUGUCAUUUUGCUGACUAACAACUUUUACAUUUAGUUUCGACAACUGCCUGCAACAUAUCUCAGUUAUGCGUUUUAAGUAAUGGCUACCUAGUAGUUUAGAUGGUGCCUCUUUGAUUCGUUUUUCAAAAAAAUCAAUUUAGAAUUCUGCAUCCUGUUUUGAACUUUUUGUAGGCCUCUGUAUUGUUCUUACUUGUUUGUAGCGUGUUGCGGAAAGAGUACAACAUUUGUGUCAUCUAUUUUUUUUCAAAAAUUAGCUUGAGAACUAUAUUGUAGUAUUUAGUAUUAGAGCAAACUAA